AUGUCCUCACCGCUCCACAUCAUCGUCAACCCCGCCGCGGGCGCUGGCAAUGGGCCACAGUUCAUCGACAACCAUGUCGCACCCCUCCUCGAUCAUCUCAACGUCCCCUUCCAGAUUCACACUACUGAAGCACCAGCGCACGCAGGGGAUCUCGGACUUGCUAUCUUGUCUGCACACCAGGCGGCCGGGACUCUGGAGCCGAUUAGAGUGAUCGUCGUCGGUGGCGAUGGGACGACACAUGAGCUCAUUGAAGGUCUGCAAGGAAAUGUCAUCAAUGAAAGAAAGGGAUCAACCAGAUGGGAAUUGUUCAUCUUGCCAUUUGGAACGGCGAACGCGCUAUACUCCUCCUUGUAUCCCCCAGGCUCGCCGCUGCCUGAUACCACCUUUCUAACUUCUUUACCAACUCCCAUCUCCGAAGAUGUGAUCAAACACAUUCUCCCUCUCAUCGCCUACCUCUCCCCACAGAAAGACGCCAAACCUUUCCCAUUGCCCAUAACCCUUACCACUCUGAAUCCACCUGCUUCCGCCUCUGCGCCUCCAGCAAAGGCCAUCCCUACACAUGUGGUACUCUCCACCUCACUCCACGCUGCCAUUCUUGACACUUCCGAGAAACUACGAGCCUCCCAACCCGGUACCGCGCGGUUCAAGGUCGCAGCCCAAGAGAGCGCAGGCGUCUUCUUUAAUGCCGACGCUACCCUCUUUCCUGUCCAUGCCGCAGGCGGCGUAGGCAAUGUCGAGCAGUGGGACCCCAAGACAGAUUCUUGGGUCACACCCUAUACUCUUGGAGAACCCAAAGGAGCUGGAAGCGAAUGGACAGUAUCUGGCCCUUUCGCAUACUUUCUCUCAACCGCUUCGGUGGACAGACUCGAACCUGCAUUCGUCAUCUCCCCCAAAACAUCCCUCCGCCCUUCCCCUCCCGCGUCGUCUUCCACAUCAGCUACCCAUGCACCCACAUCGCUCGAAAACCAGAAUCAGUACAUCCACCUCACCAUCCUCCGCCCCCUGCGCGACCCAUUCGUCUCUUCCCUUCCACCUCCUCAGCGAUCCGCCACAUGGUCCCAACGCGCAUUUGAAGUCCUCGCCAAAGCAUACCACGCCGGGUCCCAUAUCAACCUCACAUACCCUGUCUCUGCUGCUGGAGAAGUGGGCAGCGAAAGCUGGGCGAGCGAGGUGAAAGGUGAGGGGGAGGUCGUCGUGGAGCUGUUUCGAUGUGGAGGGUUUGAUUGGGUACCGCUGUUCUCUCAGUCAAGCGUUGUUGAAGAUAAGAGGGAUGAGGAGGAGGAAGGGGUGGACAAAGACAGGGCGAGGCUGGUUUGUGCGGAUGGGGCUCUGCAUUGGAUACCUCAAGGCGGCAAGGCGGAGAUUAGGCUUAGUGUACCAGGCUCUGACAGCGGGAGGGAUGGAGGGUUCUUCAUUUGGGCUUGA